CAGGUAUAUAUAAACAUAGUAAUCGUCCGCAACAAUGUGCACGCAGCAAUUGGUUGCGUGCGACGCCACUUCCGAUAAAGUAACAUCCGCAUAGGAAAAGAGAGAGCGAUAAGAGAGCGGCCCGAUAACGGCCGAUAUUUUAUUGCGCGCGUUGUGUGAGAUGUUCGAGAGAUCGUUGGCGAGUCAAUUUUCAAACGUGACGAGGAAACGUGCGGCACGAGGAUGUGGAAGUUGGGCGCGCACGAUCUCACGCACCCGGAGUCAUUGUCGGAGAACCAGCUCCGCGAGAUCUUGAAAAAUAGUUGCAUCGAGAACCAGAAGUUCGAGAGGCUGUGUAAAAGCGAACUUGUAGAGAUGUACAAAAGAAUCGCCAUGCCUUUGCCCCAACGGUGUCACAGAAAUGCUAACAAUUUGGAUGCAAAAGCAGACGAUGUAUCGGAAAACUUUACAAGUGACAAUCACACUCACAGCUUAACUACAGACUUGAACAAAGGAAACAAGAGAAUGUGUCAGUCUCAUCUUCAAACUACUUCGGAUCAAUUGAAGUCUUCUUUUAACGAUCAAACAUUGAUGCAUAAAAAAAUUCGAAUGCAUUCUGCGCCAAAAGUAGACAAUGUGUACAACGGAAUUGGCAAACGUAGAUGCAAUGAGCAGAAUGAGGAGUUGUUGACAAAAAAACGCCAGAAGAUUACGUGGCCAUAAAACAAAUAUAUAUACGCUUUGUUUCUUUCCUUGUUAGAAAUCCAAGUUUUAAACAGAGGAAUUGUGAGCGCACAACUUUGUGAAUAUAACACGGCUAAGCUCACUUUUUUCUCUGGCCAGUAUGUAAGAAUCAAAUUCACAUUUUAAUCUUUUAUCGUAGAAAAUAAUAAUUGCGCGCAAAAUGUCGUUCACAAGAGACGUGUGUAUGUGAAAAAACCAAAAUGUUAUAAAUUGCGCUAAAUGUUAUAAAGUUAGAUCACAGUUCGCGGAAAUAUUAACCUUAUUGAAUUAUAUUAAUUAUUAUAAGGUUUUUAUCAGUAUUUAAUGUGUUUGAACGACGAAAUGUGAUAAUCACGUAAAGAAAUUUAUUUUAAGCAUGACACAAAACACAGACAGUAUCGAUUAAGUACACACGCUCUCAGACAAAUAGUCAUUAUCAAUCAAGUAGCUAAUUAUUAAGAUCAAGCGUUGCGUUUUUAUACACACAUUCGUAUAAAACAAGCGUUGUAUCUGUACAAAAAUCUGUACGAGCAAGAUGAAAUUAAUUUCAGUGAAAAAUCGCACUAAUAUUGGCAGCUAGUUAUGCACAUCCUAUAUUUUGUUCUCUUUAUUCGAACACUAAACAAAUUUAUGUGUACAUAUAUAUAUAUAUAUAUGUAUACACGCUGUGAAGUUUUAAUUGAAAUUUAAAUCAAUAUUUCUCAUGGUAUCUUCAUUAUUUAUCGAAGAUAUAUUAAUGUAAAUUUUUCUGCAAUACGUAGAUGUAAGUAGCGUUAGAUAAAUCGUUAGAUAACGAUGCUUCCUCACUUCUAAUAUCUUUUUAUUAUACAUCGUAUCGAUUGUUUUGGUGUAUAACUCGUGUAAUAUGUAAAAAAAAUUUUUUGACGUCGUCGCGAAAAAUCACAGAUUGUCGUCGCGCCUAUAUACACAUGUAGUUUCAGAAUUCUAUUUCACCCCCCCCCGCAUGUAUCCAAGUAUCGUAUGUUUGUUGUUACGUUGAAUAAAAUUGUACAUGACGAUUUAUAUAUAUGAACGAAGUAUAAACGAUUUAAAUAAUAUUUAGUUUUUGCGUUAAGUAAAACAGUGUGUGUUUUACAUGAGAUAAAAAGUAACGAGAUGUGUGAACGAAUGUAAAAUUAUAUCUCUGCUGUGUAACACGUGUAACACUAUUAUCACGUGAAUCCGCGUGUAUGUAAUCUGAAAUGCUGCUCCAGGAAGAGAGGAUGAGAAAAAAAGUAUCUCGCAAUAUAUAUAUAUAUAUAUAUAUAUAUACGAUAUUGCGCGUUGCGCAAGACAGCGAGUUCGCAAACUUGUUUCACGGUCAUGAUCGGCGCUCGUCCUCUUUAAUUAUACACAUACCGAAUGACUCGUUUCUGUUCGUGACAGAAAAAAAAAAAAAAAACAAGAGGAGGUAUAAGGAUGAUUCACCUAGCGAUGAAUUCUCAGUACGUGACUCGUCUCUUCUUGGAAGUGAAUAUUAUUACUUUUAAUCCGAACAAAAGUGAGAUUGGUUUACAUAUAUAGCAUUUCCUGUGAUAAGGAAAAAGCGAGCAAAACAAACUGACGGACAUUUUAUAGAUCUUCGGUGAUCAGCAGGAAAUUUUUUGAAACUCAUCGUCAGCUUUUAAAUUUAUUCAUCGGCCGUGUUAGACCGCAUAAGUAUUUAGAAUUAGAUUCCGAUUCGCUCACUACAGGGCGCUGGUGUCACAUGUGUGUUUACUUACUCGUGAGAGAGAACAGUCGCUUGUUUUCAAGUUACAAUGCCAAGACUAAAGUUCACGAGAGUCAAAAAAAGGGGACCACAAUGGCAGGAAGAGGAUAUGGCGAAAGCGAUCAAAGCGGUACGAGAACAAACUAAAUCGGUCAAAGAUGCAGCACGGUGUUUUAAUGUUCCUGAAGUUACACUACGCAGAAAAGCAGCUAAAACGGACGUAAAUCUAAAUAUUUUAACCAACGUUAAGUUGGUCAGAAAAAAACCACUUUUUACUCCUGAGAUGGAAAGAACACUGAUAGAGUGUUGCCAGUUGAUAGAAAAAAAGUUUAACGGACUGACUCGUAGCGACAUAAAGCAAAUGGCUUAUCAAAUGGCAAUAAAAAAUAGAAUAUCCAAUCAGUUUCACGAAAAUAUGGCUGGAAGUGCGUGGUUGGAUCGUUUCGUGAAUAAAUACAAAGAGCUUUCGGUCAAUAACUCAACCAAGCUGUCCAAUAAAACAUCACUCGUUCGAAAUAUUAGUUUUAACAACGAAAACAUCACAAACUUUUUUGAUCUCUUGGAAACUGAAUAUUCCAAACAUUGCUAUCCUUCGCAUCGUAUUUUUAACGUUGGCGAGAUCGGUCUCGGCAUCGUUCAGUCAACAAUUCCACAUGUGAUCGGGCUGAGAGGAAAGAAAGAGAUAACAACUCUCGCUUCUGCGGAGAAGAAAUAUCUAAUGACCAUAAUUAUGUGCAUGAGUGCGGGAGGAAAUUUUGUGCCUCCGAUGAUGAUUUUUCCACGUACCAACUGGACUAACAGAUUGAUGAAGGGAGCACCUCCCGGAGCUGUAGGAAAAUGUCAUCCAUCAGGUUGGGUCGAACCCCAUCUUUUCGCUUCGUGGUUUUCUCAUUUUAUUGACUACGUAAGACCUACAGCUGAAUGUCCAGCUCUGCUAAUUCUAGACGAGCAUUUUUCUUAUGCAAAAGAUCUGGAUGUCAUCUCAAAUGCAAAAGAUAAUCAUGUAAAUAUAUUGUGCGUGCCAUCUCACACCUCUCACAAGCUUCAACCACUGGACAGAACGUUUAUAGGUCCUCUGAAAUCGUAUUACAAUGAAAAUAUUAAGCAGGCAAUGAGAACGGGUGAGAUAGAUAUCUACGACAUUGCGGAAAAGUUUGGCAAGGCCUACCUCGAAGCUCAAACGGGAGCAAUAGCGGUCAACGGUUUCAAAUAUACUGGCAUCUAUCCGCUAGACAGAAAUGUUUUCACCAAAGCUGACUUUCUUGAAGCUAAACAUAAAGCAGAAGAGGCUGCUGAUGAUUGUGAUGACAAUAGACUUGACAAUAAUAAUGGUGAUAAUACGCAUCCUUCUGGAUUUCAAAGCGAAAAUAAUAUAAGCUCUUCUUGUUUUUGGGACUGACGGCACUCGCACGAGGAGCCGUGGUAGUACCCGCCGUGCCAGUAGCAGC